AGAAAAACCAGAGUUGGUGUUCGAAGGUCACGUGGUCUAUCAGCAUCAACACUGGGAACUCUCUUACCAAAUGACACCUUUUCAACCAAUAGCCAAAAAUGUCAUCAAAUUCGGCCCACGAUGCCCAACGACCACUCACCAACUAUGUCGCUUAUCACGACCUUCGAAGUCAAAGAGAUCGUAUAGGCAAUUAUGACCUUACUUCAAAGACGAUUGAACCUCUAAGCUUCAAGUCUGGUACUCCACUCACCAACAUCUAUCAAGUUAUCGAAGCUGGCCAGUCCAACAUCAUCAGCGCUGGUGCACCCAUAGAUUCGAAUCAUUUUCGCAUUCUGCCUCCCCUUGCAGAUCGGGAUGUCCUUUGCGUAGGCAAGAACUACUUCGAUCAUGCCAAAGAAUUCAACAGCUCUGGGUUCGACAGCUCAGACAAGGUUGAUGUACCAUCAGAUCCUGUCAUCUUCACGAAGCGAUACACGUCAAUUAUUGCUGAUCGAGAUGAGAUUUAUCCACACCCUGAUUUUACUUCCACGGCAGACUAUGAGGGAGAGGUCGGCGUCAUUAUUGGAAAGGCGGGGUUUAGAAUCAAGGAAGAAGAUGCAAUGAGCCACGUCUGGGGGUUUACUAUUGUAAAUGAUAUGACAGCCCGAGAGAGACAGAGGGAUCACAAACAGUUCUACAUUGGAAAAAGUCCAGACACAUUUUGCCCUAUGGGACCAAUCGCUGUCCCAGCAUCACAGCUCCCCGAAGUCCUGCGGGUACAGACAUAUGUGAAUGGCGAGCUUAGACAGGACGCAACAACCAACGACCUUAUCUUUUCUGUCCCCUACCUCAUCAAAACGAUGUCAGAAGGACAAACCUUGCAACCUGGCGACGUACUUGCAACAGGCACACCCGCUGGCGUUGGCCUUGGUCUGAAGCCUCCUGUCUAUCUCAAACCCGGUGAUACCAUUGCUAUCUCAGUGACCGGUCUGGGAACGCUGACAAACCGCAUCGCCUCCAACUCCCUCCCGAGCCCCCUGGCAACCAGAAUCCCACCAUCGAGAUUAUCUUACAGUAAAUCUGGCUUGCCUCUAUCCCAACUCAGCCAUAUCAACUCCAAACCCCUCUACUAUACUCGCUCCGGUCCUUCAUCUGGCUCCCCAAUAGUGUUCAUUCAUGGCCUAGGCGGCACACACACCUCCUUCACGCCGCUCAUACAUACCCUCGGCCUCACAUACACGCAUAGUAUACACCUCUUUGACCUUGAAGGACAUGGUGCAUCGCCCACCCAUCCCCUCAGCGUUCUCUCUGUGUCGUCAUUCUCUGAGGACGUAGCAGGCGUAUUCGCACACGCUGGCAUCGCACAAGGUGACAACGCCACGAUCGUAGCGCAUUCGAUGGGCUGUCUGAUCGCGCUUGACUUCGCGAUCAAGCACCCCAAGCAAGUUGGACAGCUUAUUCUACUGAACCCACCGAGUCUACCGUUCCCAGACGAAGGCAUUGAAGCGCUGAAACAGCGGGCGCAGCUGGUCAGACAGGAAGGCAUGUUGAACAUUGCAGACAAGAUAGCGAUGUCUGCAACAAGCGCGCGGAGCCAGGCGCGCAAUCCUAUGGCGGUAAAUGCAGUGAGGUUGAGUUUGCAGGGUCAAGAUGCGGAGGGGUAUGCGAAGGCGUGCUCUGCGCUUGCGAAUGCCGCGGUCGUGGCGUGGGAGAGAGUAAGCGCAAAGGUGACCAUCGUUACAGGGAGUGAGGAUGGCGUUGCACCUGUUGGUGCCUGCGAAGAGGCGCUGAGCAUCUUGAGUAAAAAGACAGAGCUGGAGGUGGUGGACGGUGUUGGACAUUGGAGUGUGUUUGAGGAAGUAGAAGGAACUGCGAAAGUGGUAGAGAAUGUGCUAGGAAGAGUGAGUGUUGCAAGUAGAGAGUAAAUAUGAAGGAUUCGGAAAGAUUUAUGGCUAAUCGAGAUCCGUAUUGUCAGAUCCUAUUCGCCCUUGCCUUGCUUGCCAUAAAAAGCCUCCUCGCCGCCCAGCUCCUUGAGUGCCUGCCUCGACUUCUCCUUGCUCUCCUCGCUUGUGUCUAUACAAUCAUGAGU